AUGUUUGCAAUUAAUCCAGUAUACCAAAGUCAAGGUAACGCACCUGUCUGCAAUUUGAAUGCGUUAGUCUCAUAUUUCAAUGAGAUGCAACAGCAACAAAGAGAGCAAUGCAGACCAAAGAUUGUAAAGAAGGUUGAAACAGAAAAUAACUUUCAAAUUCAGCUUUGGAAGAAAUUUGGUAACUUCAAUAGUUAUGAAGUCAAGGCAGUGAGACAUCCAUCAUUUCCAGAGUUAGUCAACCUUGUUGUUUACUCUGAGGAAGAUGAUUUCAAAAAGGUUUUCCAGGUAAACUUGGACGAAGUAGAGUUGGAAAAGCUUACUAUGGAGUGGUUUAGAGAAGAAAAUGUGUUGGUAUUAACUAUUCCAAAGAAACAGAAUGUCUGUUUUGACUCUAUCGAAUACGGUUUGCCAGGUUUCCUCGGUUUUCCCACCUUCAAUGAAACUAGGCUGCACAAGAAAGAGCAUAGAGCAAGAAAGGAGGAGCACAGAGCAAGAAAGGAAGAACACAAAAGAAAAAGAUCCGAAGAGAAAAGAAAGAGGGCCGAGGAAAAGCAAAGGAGAGAGCUCGAAAGACAAGAGGAAUUGAAAAGGCAGCAGGAAUUGAAAAGGCAACAGGAACUUGAGAGACAAAAAGAACUCGAAAGACAAAAAGAACUCGAAAGACAGAAAGAAAUUCAGAGACAAAAGGAACUCCAGAGGCAAAGAGAACUUCAGCAACAAAGAGAACUUCAGCAGCAAAGACAGAGAGAACUUCAGCAACAGAAGCAAAGAGAAGUUGAGACUGCAAGAAACGCUGCAUACCAAAGGGAUUUGGAAAGACAACAAGAAUUUUUGAGUCAAAUCUUUGGUAUGUAUCCUAAUCAGUUGCAAUUUUUAUCUUCCUAUGCCCCUCAACAAAGUCAGCAAAGUCAGAGCCAAUCGAAGCCUGAUGUGGAAGUGACACAAGAGAUCCCUGCGGUAUCCAAAAAAGACUCUGAGGAAAGCAAUCCAAUCGCCGAGCCUGAAACUCACGAAGCUUCUGACGAAGAGUCAAUUGACUCGGACCCGGAGACUGAGUCGGACACCUCCAUCACCACACCUUCCACACCUUUGGCUGAUGCACCUAAGAGUCUCAAAACCGGAAAAGAGUUAUCGCACGAUUUACAUAAGCAUCCUUCAUUAGAAGAAGUUGAAGAUGAAGAAUUUGUCAUGUUUAGAAAGAAAUUUGGACAAUAA